AUGGAAAACCGGAAACUGGAUUCGAUUAUUAGGCUUAGCAAUUUGCCGGACUCUGUCCUCUCCCACAUUCUCUCUUUUUUCCCGACCAAACUCUCCAUACGAACCAGCAUUCUAGCUAGAAGAUGGAGGUAUCUCUGGUCUUAUGUCCCCGCUCUAUACUUCGACUCCGAAUAUGAUGAUGAGGAAUUCAUCGAAAGGGUUUCGUCGCUACAUAAACCGAAAACCAUUAAUACUUUUCGCCUCUAUUUAAAAGAUGUUCACAACGGCAUUGAACCUCAAAUUAAGGCAUGGAUUGCCUCUGCCAUUAAACGCAACGUCCAAAGUGUCGAUCUUUUUUUUACUUGUUUUGAUAAUCUUUUGCAUCAAAGCCUCUUUACCAGCAAAACCCUAGUUGAUUUGAAGAUCAGUUCUUCCAGUUUCAUCCCCGUUGUCGUCACCCCGUUAGCGGUCUGUUUGCCUCGCCUUAAAAAGAUUCAUCUUUCACCUGUUCUAUAUGCAGGCGGUACGUCCCUUUCAGACCUGCUAUCCAGCUGUCCUGCCCUUGAGGAGGUGGUUAUUCGGUUAAUAAUUAAAUGCAGUUCUAGACCUUUUACUAUAUCUUCACCCACGAUAAAACGGCUCACCGUUCGUUUUCAGCUCACUCGUACUACUGAUAAGUUCAAUAAUUUCUUAUCCCAGAUAGUUGGUUUUAGAUCUUGCAAUCAUGCGAUAGAGAUAAAUACCCCCGCACUUAGAUAUCUCAAUGUAGUUGAUUACUUAUCCGUGCGUAUCGAAUCCGGGGCGAUGAACUCCUUAAUUGGAGCAGAUAUAUAUCUUAACCAUGUUAACAGAAAACAAGAAGAUUUUCCUUCUUCUCGGUCUGUGUUGGAAUUUAUUGAUAGGCUUUGCAAUGUCAAGUGCCUGAGGUUAGAUUUGUCAUAUUGUAAAGAGAUUCUUGACUCUGUAUUCUCUGCUUGGUUUAUAAGUUUCAAUAACUUAAACAAACUCGAAUUGACUGCUGAUUGCCGUUUUCUUUCAAAGUUCAUCGAAAGUGCUGAUAAUCUUGAAAUCCUCGUCUUUUGGGAGGUUAGUGAAGAUAUAAAAAGCUGGAUAGAACCUCCACAGGUGCCGAAAUGCCUAUCGUCACAUCUUAGAACUAUAAGGCUCGUUGAAAUAGUCGGCACAAAACACGAGUUUGAAAUUGUGAGGUAUCUUUUGAAGAAUGCUAAAGUCUUGGAGAGGAUGGAAAUAGUAUAUCCCCCAUUCCUUGAAUCCCAUGAAAAGAUUUAUGUGCUUGAGCAAAUUGAUCUACUUGAACGAAGAUCCGAGGCAUGCGAACUUGAGUUUGUCGAGAUUUUUUAG